AUGAGGUUAAAAACCUACACAGCUACGGCACCCCGCAUAUACGGUGCACCGAAGGCUCACAAGAAAGGUCUACCAUUGAGACCAGUCGUAGCUUGCAUGACGUCACCAACGUACGAACUAUCGAAAUAUGUGGGCUCGAUCAUCCAAAGUUCGAUAAAAAGCAAUUACAACGUUCUGGACUCGUUCUCUUUCUGUGAGUACAUCAACAAUGUACAACUCCCACCGGAUUAUGUUCUGGUAUCCCUGGAUGUGGUUUCGUUGUUCACGUGCAUUCCGAGGGAGCUGGUGGUGCAAAACGUCAUUAUGCGCUGGGACGAAAUAAAGGAAAACACGAACAUCAACCUGGAUUUGUUCCUAGAGAUGACGGAGUUCUGCAUAAAUUGCAGUUACUUUCAAUUCAAAGGACAAUCCUAUCAGCAGGUGUUUGGAACAGCGAUGGGAAACCCACUGUCGCCCAUAAUAGCGGAUCUAGUGAUGGAAACCUUGCUAGAUUCGGUCACCAAGAAGAUCAAGUUUCCGAUCCCGGUGAUCAAGAAGUAUGUGGACGAUCUGAUGCUGGCGAUACCGAAAGGCGAAAUCGAAACCGUGAGAAAUGAAUUCAACCAAUAUCACGAGAAAAUACAGUUCACCGUGGAGGUGGAACAGGAUGGCAAACUACCAUAUCUGGACUUGUUGGUCAGAAAACCAGACCAAUCAAUAAAAACAGAAUGGUACGCCAAACCUAUCGCGUCAGGUAGAUUCUUGAACUACCUGUCGGCCCACAGCAUGACACUCAAGAUGAACGUCGCCAAAAACCUCAUAAAACGAGUAACCACCUUCUCCACCAACGUCGAUGAAGCCGCAGCAAAGAAGAUUGUCCACAAACAACUGCGACAGAACGACUACCCGAAACCGCUGAUCAAUCGCCUCAUCAACCGACAUCGAGAAAAUCCGCCCACUACAGCGCCGCCCACGGAUGCUGAAAACUCGAAGCAAUUCCGGUCGAUCGUCAACAUUGGCACUCUCACCCGCAAGAUUCAACGGACCCUCCGUGUGGAUUAUCCGGAAGUGGUGAUUUGUCCACAACAACGCAAGACUGUAAAAUCGAUAAUACCAGGAGUGAAGGACAACAACUACACAACUGGAUCGCCUCCUGAUGUCACACCAACAUCUGCCGACACCUCUGUCGCUCGGUCGACCGGCCAAGUGCCGUCGUUGCCCCGACCACCAUCCGCACAGCGACCGGGCCGACCCGAACCGAGCGCAAGAGUUUGCGCAGAAUUUCUGGAAAAAGCUCUCACCUUCGGCCGGGCCCAGCCGGCAAUCCAUCCAGCUCGGUUCGAUUCAGUCUGCAACCAGCCGGCUAUUGUUGUUGAUUCGCGGGUGUCGUGCGGCUGUCGUCCGGCAGCAUGCGAUAACCCUGCUGCCGCCAGCUCAGCUGUGGUGUGUGAUUCUGUGUCGUUACGGGGAAACGAAGUGGCUUUUCGUGGCAGCCAACACGAGCGCCAUCCCAAAUAG